AUGGAAGUUAUCCAGGAAAAGGGAGUUAAAACACCUAAUGCUGUCCUAAUCAGCGGCAUAACAGAAACCGAUACAGAUGAAGAAAUAUUUGACUUUCUAAAGCAGAGUGCUGUACAAGACCUUCAGCCCCUCUUACCUCGAACCCAGCAAUCCCGUAGUGACUCCAACGUGUCAUAUAGUGUUGUAGCUCUGGCCAGUGUCUACACGCAGCAAGCUGGAAAAGAUAUAACUCAAACUUACCUGGAUGAACUAAGAGAAAUAGCAAAGCGUAGCGGAAAAGGCUAUGAAGAAGUCCUGAAAGAGAUGUUAACAGAGAUUAGUGAAACCAUCACCACUACAGAGAACCUUGAGCCAGUCACUGUUGAAACAGCUGAAGUUGCACCUGACAACAUCACAAUCACAACUUCUUCCAACGCUGGUGCCAUUGUCACUAGAGUAGUAGUAGAGCACAUUGUACGCAACAAUGACUCAAUGGCUCAUGGCCAUCUACCAAUCAGACUGCGAACCUUUUCUGGUAGGACACCUCGUCCGUCUAAUGAGGUUGACUAUGACACCUGGCGUGCCAGCGUAGAACUGCUCUUACAAGACCCAGCCGUGUCUGAUCUUCAAAGAGUGCGGAAAAUCUGUGACCGUGUAUACCCACCAGCUUCUGAUAUUAUCAAAUCAGUUAGCACAGGAUCUCCACCAGGAGAUUAUGUCAAAUUAUUAGAUUCAGCCUUCUCCACCAUGGAAGAUGGUGAUGAGUUAUUCGCCAAAUUCAUGGGCACUUUCCAGAACACUGGUGAAAAGCCAUCAGUUUACCUACAGCGACUUCAAGUGGCUUUGACUCUCACUGUGAAGCGUGACGGAGUGCCACCUGCUGAUGUGAAUAAGCAUCUCUUAAGACAAUUCUGCAGGGGAUGCUGGGAUGACGCACUUAUUACAGAACUGCAAUUAGAACAGAAAAAACAAGACCCACCACCAUUCACAGAGCUGCUGACAUUGUUACGCACUAAAGAGAACAAAAAUUACUCUAAAGCCACACGAAUGAAACAGCACCUAGGUGCUAACAAGCAACAUGCUACAAUAAAUUCCCAGAUAUCAUGCUCUUGCCAACAAGAAGAGGUUACCCAGCUUAGCUCAGUCACUGUUCAGUUGACAAAGCAAGUUGCAGAACUCCAGAGCCAGCUUGCCACCUUGGCUGAUAAAAAGCAGACAUCCAAAGCAAAGACAACCAGUGGUGUCAAACCACAAAAAGAUAAUCAGAACUCAAAAGCUGAAGCAGAACCUAAAUCUAAAGCUACAAACAAGCAACAGGCUGUCCAGCCUAGACCAUGGUAUUGUUUUAAAUGCGGUGAAGAUGGACAUAUCGCAAAAUCCUGCAGUAGUGAACCUAAUCCUGCAUUAGUGGCUGACAAGAAAAGACAAUUACAGAGACGACAGUGUGAAUGGGAGUCCCAUGAUGGUCACAACUUUUUAAACUAG